AUGAUACACUUUUCUGCAGAUCAACUAAAGAUGAUGGAGAAGAAGCUACUCGUUGCAUUGUCCAUCAUCUUGAACCUCGUAUUCACAAUUCACAUUCUUUACAACAACUCAACUGCAUGGAAUCCGACGUGGACCAAUAGAGCCGCUGUGGAAGCAGAGGGUGCAGCCUCUGUCUCAUGCUCAGGCCAUGGAAGAGCUUACGUGGACAGUUUUGGUGUUCUUGACGGCAACAAACCUUCUUGUGAAUGCAACAACUGUUACACCGGCAAAGAUUGUUCCAUUCUUGUCCCAGAUUGUCAUCCAUUCUGGAUGCAAAACGCUGAGGGAAGUGCGGUUCUUGAGUCAGGAUGGCACAGGAUGAGUUAUCUUUUUCACAAAGAUGGCUCAUAUGUGUCUGCAGAGCUAGAAAAGAUCAUCAGGAAGCUACAUAAUGUAGUUGGAAACGCAGUAACGGAUAAAAGAUUCAUAAUCUUCGGAACGGGAGCUACGCAAUUGAUUGCAGCCUCUGUUCACGCCUUGUCUUUGACAAACUCAUCAUCAUCACCUGCAAGACUCUUGGCUUCUGUUCCAUAUUACGCUACGUACAAGGAGCAAGCAGAGUUCUUUAAUUCUUCAAAUUUUAAGUUUGAAGGAGAUGCGUCUGCAUGGAAGAAGAGCAAGGGGAAUGAUAAUAUCACAAAAGUUAUAGAAGUAGUGACAUCUCCGAGUAAUCCAGAUGGGAAGUUGAAAAGAGCGGUUCUUGAUGGACCUAACGUGAAAACAAUUCAUGAUUGUGCGUAUUAUUGGCCUCAUUUCUCACCUACUACACAUCAAGUUGAUGAAGACUUGAGCUUGUUUAGUCUUUCCAAGGCUACAGGUCAUGCUGGCUCAAGAUUCGGAUGGGCAUUAGUAAAGGACAAAUAUAUUUAUGAAAACAUGAAAAGAUACAUAUAUCUAAGUAGUAUGGGAGUUUCAAGAGACACACAGCUUCAUGUUCUUCAGUUGCUUAAAGUAGUAGUUGGUGGUGGAGGCGAGGAGAUGUUUCAUUUUGGUCACGAAACAUUGAAGAAGAGAUGGGAGAUAUUGAACAAGAUCUUUUCCAUGUCCACACGUUUCUCAUUACAGACAAUCAAACCUGAGUACUGCAACUAUUUUAAGAAAGUCAGAGACUUUACUCCUUCUUAUGCAUGGGUGAAGUGUGAGAGAUUAGAAGACACAAACUGUUAUGAGAUUUUCAGACAGGCGAAGAUAACAGGACGUGAUGGCAAAUUGUUUGGAACAGAGGAAAGAUUUGUUCGAUUGAGUCUUAUCAGAUCACAAGACGACUUUGAUCAGCUUAUUGAUACGUUGAAGAAGUUUGUCUCCCAAGAAGUUGUAGGAACUGAUUCUAUAUGAGAACUUGAUGCUGUGAUCAAAUGUGUUCAGCUCAAUCGUAUGUAAGUAAAUGUAUUACUAUUACUUAAUCUAAACAUAAAUUAUGCUUUAUGUUUAUUAUUUAAAGACCGUCCAAUUUAAA